AUGGCCACUGCUCAGCUCUCUCAUUCUAUCAGAAUUCACAAGGCACCUAAGCAAACAGUUUUCCCAUGUCAAAUAACUAAGGAGCAUGAGUCAUUGAUAAUGGUGAAGAAACUUUUUGCUACUUCUAUCUCAUGUGUAACAUAUCUAAGGGGCCUGUUUCCAGAGAGCUCUUACGAAGAAAGCCAUUUGGAUGACCUCAGUUUAAAAAUCCUCCGAGAAGAUAAAAAAUGUCCUGGGUCACUGCAUAUUAUCAGGUGGAUUCGAGGUUGUUUUGAUGCUUUGGAAAAGAGAUAUCUACACAUGGCAGUACUUACACUUUACACAAAUCCGAAGGAACCUGAGAAAGUAACUGAGAUAUACCAGUUCAAAUUCAAAUAUACAAAAGAAGGAGCCACUAUGGAUUUUGACAGCCAUUCAUAUAGCACAACCUUCGAAAGUGGGACAAACAGUGAAGAUGUUAAGAAAGCCAGUGUUCUACUGAUGCGUAAAUUGUACAUGAUGAUGCAGAACCUUGGACCCCUUCCUAAUGAUGUUAUACUUACUAUGAACCUCCACUACUAUAAUGCAGUGACCCCACAUAACUACCAUCCCCCUGGUUUUAAAGAAGGGGUAAACUCACACUUUCUGCUGUUCGAGGGGAACCCUGUAAAUCUGCAAGCGGGAUUGGUCUCCACUGGCUUUCACAGCAUGAAAUUAAAAGUCACAACUGAGGCCACCAGAGUGUCUGAUUUGGAGAACAGAGUCUUUCAGGAGAGCAGCACUACAGAGAUCGCCCAUCAGGGUCUAGACUGUGAUGAAGAGGAAGAGGAAGAGGAAUGCAACAAUCACAUUCAAAGAAUGAAUUUUGUGUACAGUCAGCAAAGUUCUGAGAGCUCCAGGAAGAAGAGGAAGGUCAGCCAACCAGUGAUCUUCAUCCCUGACAGAAAAUGA